AUGUCGACUUCACGAUGGCAUCAGCCCUACUUUGGGCUCAAGGGCAAAUGGCUCACCUUCUGGAUCACCCUUGCCUGCGCUACCGAUAUGACCCUAUUUGGUUACGACCAGGGCGUUUUCAGUGGUGUCGUUAUCUCCGAGGACUAUCUUGAUGUCCAUAAGCUGAACGGCCCCGAAAAUACAAGCAUAUUGUCCAUCAUCACGUCGAUUUACACCAUCGGUUGCUUCUUUGGCGCUAUUACCGCCUUCUACAUUGGCGAGAACAUCGGUCGGAAGAAGACGGUCCUUGUUGGAACCGGAAUUAUGACCAUUGGCGCAAUCCUCCAAGCGAGCUCCUUUAGUGUUCCACACAUGAUUGUUGCUCGAAUUGUUACUGGUAUCGGCAAUGGAAUCAACACCGCCACUGCCCCCGUUUGGCAGACAGAGACCUCGAAGGUCCACAAUCGAGGAAAGCUUGUCAUGCUCGAGAUGGGUUUGAACAUCUUCGGAUUCUCCCUGAGUAACUGGGUCAACUAUGGAAUGUCUUUCGUCGGAGGCCCUCUUGGAUGGCGAUUCCCUCUCGCUCUGCAACUUGUCUUCUGUAUCGUCCUCUUCUCUACCAUCCCGUGGUUACCUGAGUCGCCCAGAUGGUUGCUUGCUCACGAUCGCGAGACCGAGGCCCACUCUAUUCUAGCUGAUUUGGAAGACAAGCCUCUUGACGACCCUUACGUCAUCGCUGAACGGGACGAGAUUGUAUACAGCAUCGAGUAUGAGCGCGAGAACGCAAUCAACUGGGGUGAUCUUCUUCGUGGUCGCACUAAGGCUGGGACCAAGACUAUCCGCCGGUUGGUUCUCGGUUCAGGUACUCAAGCUAUGCAACAGUUUGGUGGUAUUAAUGCUAUCAUGUCUUACUACCUCCCUACGGUGUUGAUUGAAUCUGUCAAACUCGAUUCUAGCAUGGCCCGUCUCAUCGCAGCCUGUGCAUCGGUCGCGUACCUCGUCGCAUCUCUUAUUGCUGCGCCCCUUGUCGAAAAGGUUGGCCGACGUGUCAUGAUGAUGGUUUCAACAGUAAUUCAACUGUUCUGUUUCUUGCUCGUGACCAUUCUGCUCUCCUUUGCCGAGAAGCCGGAUUUCCUGCACAAGGUCGAGAUGGCCAAGGCUUCCGUUGUGUGGUUCGUCAUCUACUACAUGGGCUUUGGUUUAGGAAUGCUUGGUAUCCCAUGGUUAUAUCCCACUGAAAUUAACUCUCUUCCCAUGAGAACUAAGGGAGCAGCCGUAGCUACGAUGACCAAUUGGAUCACCAACUUUAUUGUGGUUGAAGUAACACCGAUCGGCAUCCAGAAACUAGGCUGGAAGUUCUACAUCAUCUGGACGAUUACCAACACGUUAUUCCUGCCCAUUAUCUGGCUUUUCUACCCAGAGACGGCCAACCGUACCCUCGAGGACCUCGACGCCUUUUACCGCGACAACCCGCCCCUGAUUCUCCACAAGGACCGCGACUCCACUCAAGUGCGCCGUCCCGAGCGCUUCAUCCAAGCUCAGGGCCGCGAUAUCGAGGAGGCUGCCGAGAACCUACGCCGUCGCGGGUCUAUCCUCGUCCACGAUGUUUCUGACGAAGGCGAGAAGUCGCUCAACAGCCCCAAAUAG